AUGCCACCGAUUGACGUAGUGGAGUUGCUAUUUAUUCUUCUCUCGUUUCUUCAUGUGGCUCAUACUGAGUAUACCGAGCGGCUAAUACUUCGUCCUCUUCCUGCUCUCAACCAAGUGCUUGGCAGUUUUGAAUUUUCUGUAAGCGAAGUCUCAGCAAUAGAGUCUGAAUCGAUUUUUCCUAAUGUGUUACGUCAAAUCCUCGACAAAUAUGAUGUCGGGUCACUGCAUUUAACUUUCUCUAUCGGAAAGUACGCGGACUGGCGCUAUGGUGCAGCUCAAAACCUAAACGGGUCGAGCUGUGCCCACGCGCCCUUUGGUACUCGACUCCAAGUUGCUCUUCGUGCUGAUUUGGACGCUCAGCAACGAUGGCGAGGCAUCACAUCGGAGCUGGGAGGUAUCUUUUCAGCCUCACUUAAUCAGAUGGAUAAAACAGUUGUCACCAAUCUGCUGCCAACUUCCAAACUUCACGAGUAUGGUGUCUAUCCCUCUACCAAUGUAAGUCAAUCGCUUCUAUUUCUUCAAGGAUCGCUUCCUCGCGAGGAGUUCUGCACGGAAAAUUUGACACCCUGGCUUAAGAUUCUGCCGUGUCGAUCGAUUUCUGGGCUAGGAACUCUUAUUGAUCCUAUUAUGGCAGUGUCAGGCGAAUACCUCAUGGUGUCGCUGUAUGCCGAACGAUCUCCUGACGGCACAUACAGCCUCCGACAACAUCUGACAACUGUGCAAAGCCCAACGAAACGCAACAAAGCGCGCUGGAGUUUGGGCUCACUAUUUCUUGCGAGUCAUCAAACCAGCACGAAUCUUGUCGCAUGUCCGCUUGCUCGAAAGAGCACAAUUAUCACGAAAGUCAACGAUUCCCUUGAUAUGGUGACCACAGAUCUUCGUAUCAAGGUCGUGCCUCUUUCUGAACCAUGGUUUGAAAACUGGAAGGAUGCAUCUGAAAAAGCCGUUGUCAAUCCCAGCAGCAAUAAUCAACAGGAUGUCGUGUCGGUGCAUCGCUUUACUACUGGAUAUGGGCAGGUGCGUGGUAGCAUCGCAGUUCAGCUCCAGAAUAAUCAUCCAUCGUGUGGAAUGCUCGUGACAUAUCUCGAUGUUAUUCCAUGGUAUCUUCGUAUAUACUUUCACACGUUCAAGGCGAAUAUUCGUGGCAAUGAGCAGAGAGCGCAAAAAGCAAUUCAAGCAUUUGAUUUUGUGCCAGCCGAGCAGCGUGGGCGUCCUAGUCAGUUGCGUGUCGAGACUUUUCUUCCAGCUAACACGACAUUGCUUUUCUCGCUUCAAAUGGAAAAAACUUUUUUGCGAUUGUCGGAACAUCCUCCAGACGCUAAUCGUGGUUUUGAUAUUGCCUCUGGUGUAGCCACUUUUACUAUCCAGAAGAAUUCUGACAAAGUGUCGGUUUGUGACGAGAAGGCCACGUCUCCUUUUACCACUACGUUAUAUACAGAACCUCUGCUUGUGCCACUACCCACGCCUGACUUCAGUAUGCCAUACAACGUCAUAACCAUGACAUCGACUGUUGUCGCGUUCUUUGUUGCAAGUGAAACAACAGUCAACACUAUUGAUUACUAUAGUGAUCUCCUUGGCUCUCAAAACUUAUCUGCAAUUUGUUUUCAGUUUUUUGCAAGGUAUUUAAUGCACAUCAUGCACAGUGAAAAUGCCUUCGGUGUGAAAGUGACCAGCAAUAAGUUAAGAAAUUUGAAGGAUACGAUCGAGCAUAGGAGUCGGUGA